UUAGUCUUAAACAACGUUUCAUCAGUAAAUGUUGAUAGCAAAACUAUGGAAAGCGUAAAUGCUGACGAGUUGGUGGCACCCGCCUGGCUCAAUGCGCAGUUUUUUUAGGAAGUACUUAAAAAACAUGAAUGCAUACCAGAACUAAAAGUCUUGGAUGUUCAAAUCUCGCCAGCCAGUGCUAAGGGCGAUCACUAUGCGAGCAUUAUGUUUCGGGGAAAUGUCUCGUAUACCAACACAGGUGGAAAGCAAUCAAAGUCGCUGAUCAUCAAGACGAUGCCCGAUCAGGAGGGACAUAAAAAGGAAAUACUGAGUGGUUCUCAUCUCUUUGAAACAGAGAUUGGCAUGUACACAAAAGUCUUGCCCAGAUUCGAGCAGAUUCUACGGGAGGCGGGUGAUAAUACUAGACUAUGUGCGCCCUGUCUGUAUUGCUCGUUGGAGCCGCGUCAAGUCAUGAUCUUUGAAGAUCUAGUGCCGCUGGGUUAUACGGUCAUCAGAAAACGUGAUGCAACCACUGAGGAGUUGAAGUUUGCUUUUACGAAGCUGGCCAAGCUGCAUGCAGUUAGCUUCCAUGUUCUGCAGGAGCAACCCGAUUACCUGCAAGAAUUCAAAAACGGCUUCUUCGAAAUACCAAAUAUACGACAAGACCCCUUUUGCACUACAGGCCUGAAAAAGUUCCUUGAUUUCCUGGAAGAAUUCCCAGAGUUGAGAAAGUAUAAGCCGUACUUCGAAAAGAUGGAAAAUGAUUACAUUGAUCGAGUGGAAAUUGUAAUGCAGGAGUAUCGCAGGAAUCGCAAGCCAAAUGGAUAUUAUGUUCUAUGUCAUGGCGAUUUUCAUUUGAAGAACAUGAUGUUCAAGCAGGGAGAAGAUGGAUCUUUGGAAGAUGUUAUGUUGUUGGACUACCAAGUAAGCAACAUUUGCCCCAUAGCCAUGGACCUGAUAUACGCCGUAUAUAUGCUGAUGGGCAUUGAAGAUCGCCACAAUAACUAUAAAGAACUUAUAAACUAUUAUUUUGCCGAGUUUCUCGCAACAUUGCAAAAUAUUGGAUAUAAAGGCGAAUUGCCCAAUUCGGUGGAGUUCUGGCAGCUAAUCUCCCAACACAAUUGCUAUGGUAAGUCCCGAAUAGAAGAUGCCUAUUUAGAUAUAUUAUUUACCUUGGAAAAUUUCAGAUAUAUAUUUGAUAACUACAUUUUUGCCAAUGAUGAAUGCCUUUAAGCUCUAUGACUUUGAUCCCGCAGACGUCUUUCAAAAGGAAGACGUACAAAAAGGAAUGUACCGCUUAGAUUCGUACGUUCAGGAUGUU